UUCUCUCUCCCUCGCUCCAAUUUGAGAGUACGUCAGAACAGCAAUCGUAAUCGUACCAUUCGUACCGCUGGCUGACUCGCUACUCGCUGUGACAGUGACGCUGUGACUCGCUGACUGCCGCUGGCUAAUGAGUGCUGAGUCUCGAGUUCAGGCAGGCAGAUUUUAGUAUCGUGACAAUUAGCGACUACCGAGGACUUCGUAGUGUGAAGUGUGACAAGUGCAUAGUAUACAGAAACGAACAGAAAAUGUUUUCGCGCACUAUGUUGAAUUUUUUUUCUGGGGCGUUGCUGCUAAUUGCCAUUGUUCCAGAUGCGGCAUCUUAUAACAAAUAUGGAAGAACCUGUAAGGACAUUGGCUGCCGUAGUGAUGAAACGUGCGUGAUGGCUGAGGAUCCUUGUACUGGCUAUACAGAUAAAUGUGGACGAUAUCCGACUUGCCGGAAGACAAGUGACGCAAGUUGUACUAGUAUGGUUUGCGGAGGAAACGAAUAUUGUAAAAGCGAAAAUGGUGCGCCGAAAUGUGUGAGAAAGUCUACGGGAUUAGCACUACCUCCGGGACUAAAUCAAGUGUCGCAUCGAUCGACACCAAGAGUGCCAUCGCCGCCGCCUAGAUCUUCGUCAUACGGAGGAAGAUACAGCGGUCACUCCGGUUCCAGAAAUACCAUAGGUGAUGGUUCCAUUUUCAAUCGUUUAUUCGGCAACGACCAUCGCCCUCGGCCCACCAGCUCUGUCAGAAGCACUACGCAAGCAAACGGAAACAAUUAUUACACUACUCACACUCGCGUGGACAGUCAUGGAAACAGAGUCUGGACAUUUUCUGAAAAUGACCAAAUGAGGACACGAACAGUUCCAAAACGGCAAACUAGUUAUCCGACAGAAGCCGAGACACAUGGCUCUUCAGAUACUUCUAACAAUUCGGACGGUCAAUCGUAUCCUGCUAGAUCUCUCGGUUAUCCAUCCGGUUCGGGAUAUCCUGGUAAUAGCGGUUACCCAAGUUCCGGAUCUUCGAGAGCUCCCGACUCGACAAAUCAACCCCGAUCUGGUUAUCCAUCCAGUGAUUCUGCCGGCUAUUCACCUAGUCGAUCGUCCGGUUAUCCGUCCAGUGGGUCAUCCGGCUACCCGUCCAGCGGAUCAUCUGGAUACCCGUCUAGUGGAUCAUCUGGAUAUUCACCUAGUCGAUCAUCCGGUUAUCCGUCCAGUGGGUCAUCCGGCUACCCGUCCAGCGGAUCGUCCGGCUACCCUAGUCAAUCAUCUGGUUAUCCGUCCAGCGGAUCCUCUGGUUACCCUUUGAGUGGAUCAUCCAGUCAUCCAUCUAGAGAUGGUUCCGGUUAUCCAGGUAGAAGUAGCGGUUCUUCAGGAUAUCCAGAUAAUUCUAGGAAUUCUAAUGGCGAGGAAACUGUUAGACGAACCGGCGCUAAUGCUGUAAACGCUGGCUAUCCGAGUUAUCCAAGCUAUCCAAGCUAUCCACGUACAUCCGGAUAUCCGGAAGGAAAUCCAUCAUACCGCGGUAACUACUAUCCGACCCAAGGUACAGGAUAUCCGUACAAUAAUCAAAAUUCUAAUCAAGGUAACUCAAAUGGAUAUCCAGAAAAUUAUCCACAAGGAGGAUAUUAUCAAGGUCAGAAUUAUAUGACUACUACCAAGCGUCCUGGCAUUAGAGAUCAACUGACGAAUUUUGCACGAAAUGUAGCAGAGAAGGUGCUAACGCAAACGAUACUAGAUCGCGUCACCGGCAGACAUCAAUAAAGGAAAAGUGCUGGCAUUUUGUUCUUUAUAAAAUUUGCGUAGAUGUCCAAAUAUAUAGCGCUUUCUAAAAUCUAAAGAAAAAUCUUCAUUAAUUAUAUAAUUUAAUAUUUUUAAUUAUGAAAUAUUUUAGCAAAUAUAGUAGUCUUACGUUAACUUUCGAGAAACUAUUAGUUUAAUGGAAAAAUUAUCGCAAGACAAAUAAAAGUUUUAUAUAUUU